GUUUAGGGGGACUUUCAUAAUUUACCUUUUAUUUUUAUAACCUUUUUCUUUUUCCUUUUCCGGUCCAAUUAAUUCGUCCUCUUCAUUAUGUCUGUAUAUAUUUGCAGGAAAAAUAAAUUGAUUUUUAUUUUCUUACAAGAAAUACACGACUUCUGACCUCGUAAAUCCCGGCUCUUGUCUCUGCAGAAGAAUCUAACUCCGUGAAAUUGGUGAAUACACUUUGUUUCUCUUGUGAGAGAGGGUUGCUUUUUUGUCAAGUUAAUUGAGCUUCCGGGAGCUCGGGUUCGAUCGUUUUCGAUGUUUCUGUAGUUUCAUCUGGUUCGAUUCAAGAAAUUGGGAGAGGGGUAAAAAGGGGCUUUUGAAUUUUGAAUCGAAUUUUUCUAAGUGAAUAGGCGAGUUUGAUAAACAAUGGGUGCUGCUUGUUGCUGUUUGAGGGACGAUUUGGAGGAUUUCUCUAAUCCGAACAGUUCGAUUUAUAGGAACUGCAUUUGCCUUCAUUGCUUCGUCCAGGCUUUCUUGCACGUGUAUACUUCACUAUUUCACCGAGGAGAAGAACAACGAGCCUUACCUUCAUCGACACAAGUGACGUCAUCAUCUUUAAACUCCACGUCAUCAAUCGACAACUCAUUAGCCGAUAUGUACAGGUCUCCGCCAAGACCGUUACCUUACGAUGCGGACCCCAGAUUUUUUCGUUUGCAGAGAGACGGACUAGUUUCUAGAAGGGAGAAAGGGUCGAGCCAUUCGCACGACGAAACCGAACCACUAAGAAGAAACGAAGACGAUGAAGAAUCCGAAUCUGUUAGUACGAAAAAUAAAUGGGACGAGUUUAUUUGCGAAGAAGGGUCCAAAGAAUAUAAUUCGAAAUCUUCGUUGAAACUCUCGACUGCCAAACAGGCCUCGGGUUUUUCUCAUAUUUAUACUUCUGAAGAUGAAGAUGUCUGCCCGACGUGUCUUGAAGAAUAUACGACGGAAAAUCCGAAAAUAGUUACGAGUUGUACGCACCAUUUCCAUCUCGGUUGUAUAUAUGAGUGGAUGGAAAGAAGUGAUAACUGCCCCGUCUGUGGCAAGGUGAUGGCGUUCGAUGAGACGCCCUAGAGUUUUUCUAGUCGUGGAUGAAACCAUUCACGAAGAAAGUGAAUAACAAAGCAGAAAAUCGCAAAGUGUAAAAAUGUCAUUGUAUAUAUCGAUUAUUAUUAUUAUUAUUAUUAUUACAAGAAGCAAAAUGUUGGCUUUUAUUGUGCUGGUAUUUUCUCGGCGUAACAAAUUAAGUUUCGUUAUUAUGAUUGUAAUUUUCGAAAAUUGCUUCGAGAUGCGCUGCUAAAUUGAGCUUCUUCAUAUUGGAGAAAAGUUUUAAACUUAUGAAGUUCCACGUAAUUUAAUUGUACUUGUGUGAAUAGUAAUUUAUGUAUUGUGAUAAA